AGAGGGGCGGUUAGCAAAAAAUAAACAACCGUCUGGAUUGGGUUGACAACAAGAUGGCGGUGGCGCGGCGGAGCCGUUUGGGGCUGGGGGCUUUCUUCCUGCUGCUUGCUCUGGGCUGUGAGAAGGCUUGGGCCGACACGGAGCCCGCUCCCGACUCUCUUUCCGAGGCCUUUGAGCCGGCGCUGGGCACUACUGCUCCGUGCCAGAGGACCUGCCAGAGCACCUACCCACUCCACACUUACCCCAAGGAGGAAGAGCUCUAUGCAUGUCAAAGGGGCUGUAGACUCUUCUCCAUUUGUCAGUUUGUGGAUGAUGGAAUUGACUUGAACAGGACCAAGCUGGAAUGCGAUUCUGCAUGUACUGAGGCAUAUACCUCUCAGUCUGAUGAACAAUAUGCUUGCCGUCUUGGAUGCCAGAAUCAGUUACCAUAUGCUGAACUGAGGCGAGAGCAACUCAUGUCCUUGAUGCCAAGAAUGCAUCUUCUCUUUCCCCUUACACUUGUGAGAUCAUUUUGGAGUGAUAUGAUGGAAACAGCUCACAGCUUCAUGACCUCCUCAUGGACUUUCUACCUUCAAGCUGAUGAUGGCAAAAUAUUGAUCUUCCAGUCAAAGCCAGAAGUUCAGUAUGUUCGAAAUCCUGAACAGGAAACCUCAGAUCUAAAAGACUCAUCUCUUAGUAAAGCAUCUUUAGAUCUGCAGCCAGGAGGUCCACAGACACACAAAGGGUUCUUUGAUGAGGAUGACAGUGAUAGUUUCUUCAAAUGUAUUUCAAUAAAUUCUGGUUGGAUAUUAACAACCACACUUCUCCUCUCUGUACUGGUGUUGCUCUGGAUUUGUUGUGCAACUGUUACUACUGCUGUGGAGCAGUAUGUUCCGUCUGAGAAGCUGAGUAUCUAUGGAGACAUGGAAUACAUGAACGAACAAAAACUGAACCGAUAUCCAACUUCUGCUCUCAUGGUAGUUAAAUGCAAGGCUGAUGAACAAGAAGCCGGACCUCUGCCUACAAAAGUUAAUUUGUCUCAAUCAGCAAUAUAGAUUUUAAAAGUGAAUUCAUUAGACUAAAUUCUACGACUUCUAUUAACUCUGGUGACUUCUUCCAAUGAAGGGGUUUGGGGGUGGGGUAUCAGUAUUGAGAGUCAAAUAAAGUUGGCGAAUCAAUGAAGGUUGUACUGUCAUGAUGUUCAAUCUUUUUCACUAGUGAAAUAAAUUGUGUUGGGAAGGUGGGGCUUGCUGCAUCUCUUUUUUUGCUUACCAAAAACAAAACCCUAUUGUCUAUAUGUUGAGGUUGUGGUAUUUGCAUAUUAUGAACACCUGUCAAAAUGUAUAUUUGGAAUUUCUUACAAAAAUUGUAAGGAAUUUUUGGUCAAAGAUGCUUUUUAAAUUGUCUUCAGUCGUGGAUAACUUAAACUAACUUGUAGAGUUGAUUGCAAAACCCUUAGCACUUCAAAUCGCUCUCUUUCUACAAAUAAGAACAUAUUUCUGUUUAACUUUAUGCCAGUUUCUGGCAUUAAAGCUGUGUGGGUCAGAAAUAAAACUUUAAUUUAAAAAUCCUGUAUUACUUCUGUAUUGUGUUCCAGAAUAGCUGUUUAGAUUGUAUAGCUUGUCUUAAGCUUGCCCUGCUUUACAACAGUUGUGUUUGUCAUCUCAGGGUGGGGAGCUUUCCAUUUUUAGAAAACUGUUUCCUAAAAAGGCCACAUAGUUGGCAAAUAUAAUUUGGUUGACUUAUUCUUUGGGGGGCAUUUAAUUGACUGCAGCCUAUGCAAUGUUUGACAUUGGCUUGGUUCACAUGUAACAGGAAAUCAUGAUUUCUUCUUAUCAGAAUGAGUCCUCCCUUUGUCUUUUACUCACCAGAAGACUUCUGCUUUCUAUUGUAAACAAAUCACAGUUCUCAGUGACAUUGAAACUCUGGAACUAAUUGUGGCUAGUGAGAACAAGCUAGGAUUUGAAGCCAUGGCUUGAUCGUAGCUUGCUCUCACUGACCAUGGUUAAAACAAACUGCAGUUCUUGAGUUCAGAUAUUAUAUUUCUCAUUUUAAAAUUGAAAAUAGAAGCUUUCAAUCUCUUCCUCUGCUAUAUAAAAGGAAAUGGGAGGGGCAAGUGCACAGGACAAAAGUUUGCUGUAGCUCAUUCUCGUAAUAGGAAACCAUGGUUUCCUACUACGUAAGAACCAAGGCAAUAUUUACAUUGGCUCUCCCUGGAACGCAGCUAUCUUUUGGAAAUGUACUUUAUUAAAUUGAAUACAUUAUUAGGUUGAGACUUGUGACUAAGCAAAUGCCUUGUCUAAUACAAUUCUGUAAAUAAGUACUUGCCAGAGGAGGUUUCAAGUUCCAAGUUCCUCGAUUUAUUUUUUUAGUAUAAUUCUUUGCAUUAACAUUGAUUGCAUUUGGAGUUGGUUCAGCAUUAUGCACAAAUGCUUGUAAAAUAUUUGAUAGGUCCUUGCUAAUGGGAAAAAAAAUUCUGGAGAAGACAGAACAUCUAAUCCAAUCUACUGAACUGCUCACCCUUAUAUCAUCAUGCUAGAACAAAAACAAAAACAUAUGAGGCAACUAUUGUAACUCUGUGGUGAAGUAGCAAGCCAAUAAAAUCUGAAUGAAAUGUCAUUCUCUCUAAAUGUCACUAUAUUGUGAGCAUCUAUACAUAUGUGCAGUAUAAAGUCUAUGAUUCUGUAAACUAGUGAUGAUUAAAAAUGGCCGUUUCUAUCUAAAAUCUACAUCAGCACUGAUCAAUUGGAGUCUAAUGUUAACUUGCAAGGGCACUUGUUAAAGCAAAUGAUGUUUUUAAUCCUCUAUCUAGUCUACAAUACACUAUGAAGUUUAAAACUCGCCCAUUUUCUUAUGGUGAGACACCAUUGACAUUCCAAUUCAACCUGUGAAAUAGUUGCUUUAAAUCAGCUUCUGUAACAUUUUCUCUGCAUUGUACGCUAACCUCUACAUUGUUAAUUGUCUUAAUUUUUAACUUACAGAGCUGAAAAUCUAUUGUACUUAGGCACUGAUUACUCCAACUGUAGUUGCUUUAAAUUAUAAAUUCUUUUUUAAUUCCAGUUCUAAUUUUGUUUCUGUCUGCCUGUACUUGUGAAAAAGCCCAGACUAAUCAGAGGAAGAUUAAAUGAACUGCAAUUUAAACUUGUAUUUUUAGCCUGAAGGUAUAUUGUCACUACACCGACUAUUCUGAAGUGCAGAUUCUUCACGGUGUUGCUAUGAUUGCUGUUAUCGGACUCUUUGCUCACUGUGACAAACUUGAACAAAAAUCUAUUCCAUGUUCUAAAAUAAAUUCAUGGCUGAAAGAA